GGAGGUGGAGGAGGUCUGGGGGUGGUGGUGGAUGGGAAAGAGGAAGAGGUGGAGGUGGAGGAGGUCGACGGGGCCGAGCCCGCUGGACGAGGCCGGCCAAGGACGUUGAUUCGCUGGGCUGAGAUGAAAUUCCAAAUCCGCGAGUUUCACUUGCUCUUUGAGAAGCACUCGAAGCUACUAGUCAAGUACGCGCGCACAAUAAACGAUCCGGAUAGCGACUGGACGGAUCUAACGAACAAGAACUUUAUCAACAUGAUGGUCAACGUCCUACGUUACGACGAGAAUACCUCGGCUGAGAAGAAAAUGGGGAUUAAUCCUACCAUUUUGCAUGAGUCUGCCCGUGCAUUGACCACGCUGCCGGCCGAUAGCCGAGAAAUCUGGGCUAUCAAUAGGGCCCUGAUCGAGGUGUGGCACGAUGGCAGGCCCCUCAGGCGCGCCGACAGCUCGGUGCCGCCGAAGAAAGCUCCGGCGAAUCAAAUGAGAGGGAAAGCUCUCCUUCAGCAAAAACCAGGAAGCGAUUGCCCUGCAGGUUUUGAAGGAGAGGGAAAGCUCUCCUUUCAACAAAAACCAGGAAGCGAUUGCCCUGCAGGUUUUGAAGGAGAGGGAAAGCUCUCCUUUCAACAAAAACCAGGAAGCGAUUGACCUGCAGAUUUUGAAGGAGAGGAGAACCUCUCCUCCAAAGGGGAACUGAUAUUCUCCCUCAUCUCCACGGGGAGCGAUUCCCGUGCAGUGCUAAGGAGGGCAAAAUAUGCCGUAUCCU